AUGGCUGAUCUCCAUAUGUGCGUGUACAGUGCAACUCGAGGUGAGGGCUCGGUUGGCGGCAGUUGUCAGGAUGUUCUCUGCAAGCAUCAAUCAUUUUGUGGCAUUGCAACACCUUCAAGUCCCAGCCCAAGCCAAUUCCUCGACCCUCGUACUCCAUACCCCGUAACUGAUAACGAGGCCUGUGCGAGGUUGGCCCUGCUCGGCGCGCCACCGAUGCCCCAAGUGCUGCGGCCGGCGAUUGGCCCGUUCCACUGCUCAGCCUCAGUUGGCGGCUCCCACGCCGGGCUUGGAGACAAGUACAUCUGA